CACCGAAAUAACAUCACGCUGCUUCCACCUAGCCGAGCGCAGUUGCAAGAAACAGAGCAGCUUUGCAUCUUUCACCAUAUCAAGAUGGUCAAGGGAAGACAGGGAGAACGAAUUAGGCUCUAUGUCAGGGGUACAGUUCUUGGAUACAAAAGGUCUAAGUCGAAUCAAUACCCAAACACAUCUCUUGUUCAGAUUGAGGGGGUAAACACCAAGGAAGAGGUUGCAUGGUAUGCUGGGAAAAGGAUGGCAUACAUUUACAAGGCUAAGGUUAAAAGGGAUGGUAGCCACUAUAGAUGCAUCUGGGGCAAGGUUACUAGACCUCAUGGUAACAGCGGUAUAGUCCGUGCCAAGUUCACGUCUAAUUUGCCACCAAAAUCAAUGGGAGCUAGGGUUAGAGUGUUCAUGUAUCCAAGCAAUAUUUAAGAUUGUCCCUACAUUUGACUAGAAGGCAUAUGGAAGUUAAUUUUUGUUUCUUUUUGUAACUCUGAACAAAAUAGUUCUUUUUUAGAAAGCGAAUGAACUGUUUUAUUCAUCA